AUGGCUGUUAAUAGAAAUACAACUUUCAAGGAUAUAAUCAUUCGUAACCUUCCAGAAGAUGUCAGAACAGCUGUUCCACAGAAUAUUUGGACGGUUCAACCAGUAACAAAAGUUGAUAGUCCACGAUCAUCUGAUUAUCCUGGAGUUAUUGAAUUAUGGACCACUUACCUUGUUAGUUACAAGAUUGUUGGGGAAAAUAUCAAUUUCAAAGUUCAAUUGGAAACCGUUGGUGGUGAAGGAUGGUUUGGAAUGGGAUUUAGUCCUGAUGAUGAUGGAAUGAAAGGAGCAGAUUUUGUAAUUGGAAUU